CAUAAACAAUGUUUAUAAUGUCAUUAUAAACAGUACCAUGGAUAGAAACAGUGAAUUUAGCAACACUUAAAAUCAAAUCAGUUUUAUAAAACAAACCAAUAAAACAAACUGCAAUGGCAACGGAGCAAACCUUGGAGCAACCUACCGAACAGUUACACCAAGGUCAUCAUCUUACGGUUGUGAAAGAGGAACCUGUGGAUGGGUUGGAAACUAGAUUGGAAAGCUCGUCUUUCUGCUUCGAAACGGUGACCAAGGAGGAGGUUAUUCUAGAGGAUCAACCAGAAUCUGUGAGCGGGCCUGCAACGGAAAUUUCUUCUAAGGAGCACCCCUUCCAAUGCACAGAGUGCAAUCGAUCGUUUGCCAAUGUAUGGAAUCUUAAUCGAUGCGUUAAGAGACACAAUGCUUUGCGACUGGGACUUUACAAAUGUAAAGUUUGCGGAAAGUGCUCUAGUGAUAGGCAUACGCACGUGAGGCACUUGGCCGUCCACAGGAAGGGGUCAAAUGCUGAAGAUGUUUCGGACUCGAAACCUGUUGGACAGGUUAAGUCAGAAGAAUCUGGUGUGUCUGUCGACGAAAAUGGCCUUUUUAAAUGUCUUGAAUGCGAUCGAACGUACAAGAAGCGUAACAUGGCGGUCAAAUGUACAAAACGACACUUGGCAAGACGGCUAGGACUUUUCAAGUGUAAAUUUUGUGACCUGCGCGCCGGAACUCUUUCUGACCUUCGAAGACAUGAGGCAAGGCACAAACCAAACACGGAACUGUUGCAAGCUGUCGAACCAGCGAUUCCAGAACCGAAGAAGGACCUUCCGGACGAAGUCAUCAUCGAAAAUCAGGUGACAGAACAUUCUUGCGAACAAUCAACGGAAAUCUUUAAAUGUACCGAGUGCAGUAAAACAUACAAUACCAGAAAUAACCUCAACCGAUGCAUGAAAAGGCACAUUGCAAUCAAAAAAGAACUUUACAAGUGUGAGGUCUGUGAGAAGGUUUCCAGUUCUAAGGAAGUACACACAAGGCAUGUGAACAGCCACAAACAAGAAACAAAUAAACACACACAGCUCGAAAAUGGCCUCUUCAAAUGUUCCGAAUGCGACCGCACGUUCAAGUCAAAGUACUCGGUUAAUAAAUGUAUGAGAAAGCAUGUGGCAAGACGGCUUAAACUUUAUCAGUGCAAAACUUGUAACCGGGUCUCAGGAACUCUACAUGACCUUAAAGAACACGAACUUAACCACAAGAAGAGAGCGGAAUUACACCUACAGUCUGUCAAAGCAGCAAUUCAAGAGCAGGAUAAUCCACUUCCUGUCGCGGCGAUGAAGGGGAAACCACCGAAGGAGAUGGACGGCUCGUCCGAAGCGGUUACGAAGAAAACUCUUAGCAGACAUUUAACGGAAGUGACCAAAGAACGCCCCUUCCAAUGUUCCGAGUGCAACAAGACGUUUAAGCAAUUUGCAUUGGCUCUAAGAUGUGAAAGAGGUCACAAUAAUAUUAAACUUGGACGCUACAAGUGUGAAACAUGUGGAAAGUGUUGUUGUAGCAAGUAUGUUCUUAAAAAGCAUGAGGAGAUCCAUAAAAAGGAGGAUUAUAAAUCAGAAGAAGAUGAUACCCUUUUCAAGUGCUCCGAGUGUCCGCGCCGGUUCAGAGAGCAGUUCCUAGCCCGAAGAUGUGCGAGGCGACACUCGGCAAAGCGGUUGGGAUUGUACGAGUGCCAAAUUUGUAAACUGCGACUGGGAAAUUCGACCGAACUUAGAAUACAUGAACUCGUACACAAGAGAACUGAGCAGGAUAAAACGUUUGCGUGCGAUGUUUGCGACGCGCGUUUUGCAUACAGAGCAAGCAUUACAAAACACAAGCGAAGGUACCACACCGGAGAGCUUCGAUUUACAUGUCACAAAUGUAAUGUGAAAUUCCCAACGAGGGCAGAGCUUCUUACGCACAUCACAAGACACGACUGGGACGAAACGAAGCAUAAAUAUUCCGCAAAGCUGGUUAAGGCAGACGACGGCAACUAUUUGUGCACCAUCUGUAAUAAGAAGUUUAUCAACCGGGCACCGGCCAAUGCUCACGUGUUUCGGCAUAUGAACUUAAUUGAAGGGCUUUUCGUGUGUAAAACGUGUGGUUUGCGAUGUGGAGAUGCAUACGAGCACAAGAUACACCUGCAGAUUCAUAAGAAACCGGAAGAAGUACCCGAUGCUUCGGAUGGGAAACCACCGACGGAAGGAAAAGAUGAAAAUCCGUCAAAGGAGGGCGAAACAGCAGGAAAAUCUACCGCUCUCGAUUGCAAAACCUGUCGUAAGCGCCUACGCAAUAAGCAAUCCCUCGAGAGGCAUGAGAUUACCCAUCGGAUAAGAAAAAAGAACUCCACAGAUUAUGCAGCAGCACAAGCGGCAAAAAAGGGUAACAACACUGAGGAAGCUGGCGCCUCUUUUUGCUACGAAACGGUGACGAAGGAAGAGCUGAUCAUUGAGGAUGACGAGGAGGAAAAAAAAUCUCGAAAUUUGUUGGAAGAUAAUCACGUCAAGGAGGAUGAGGCCGGAGGAGGACAGGAGAAAGAAUCUUGUGAAUCUGUGAUGAAACAAAGUGAACUCACCGAGGGAGCGACCCAGCAGAACGAAAACGAGAUUUCCAAGAAUGAUAAUCUUGAACAACAUUUGCAGGAGGACUCGUCUUUCCGGAUGGAAUGUGAUAUCUGCCAGAAGAGUUUUUUGAGCAAGCGUAAUUUUGAAGCACAUCAAACACUUCACGAAAAGCGUCAAAUUCCACUAGAAUGCCCGAGAUGUCAAGAGGAAUUCGACGAUAAAUACAGCUUGACGAAGCACUAUGAAGCCCACGAAGACGUGGUCAAAUCGAAGUAUGACGAUUUGCUGGUGGAAGAUGGAGACGGUCACAGAUGUUUGCUGUGUGAUAAAACGUUUAAAAAUCGCGAAAAAAUCAUAGGUCACGUCCAGAGACACAUGAACAUUAUCGAGGGCGUUUAUCACUGUAAAGUCUGUGGUUUGCGAUGUGGAGGAAACAGUGACUACCGAUUACACAUCAAGAUUCACACGGAUAACGCCGCCGAUCAGAGGGCGCUUCCGAGAGAGAUUGGGGGCGUUCACACGGAUUACGACCCGCCCUCCGGUCAGGGUGAGGCCUGCGGAAAAUCGGAUCUACCACUGCACUGUAAAACGUGCAAUCUGUUUUUCAACAGCAAGACAAAUCUGAACGUUCACCUGUGGAAGUCGAAGCUCAGAAUCAUACGGCCAAAUUUUACCCCUGGAGAGUCAGUUUCUAAAGUUCCAACGCAACGUACCCAACAUUCAACGGUUAGUCAAAAUCCAUCCAAACCACAGAAAAGAAGAAAACCAAGAACACGCCUUCUCAAGAGAGAUGAUUCGAAAAUUUUCACGGAUGAAAAGGGCUUCUACAACUGCACCAAGUGCGACUAUAAGACUGUUAAACCAAACAUGUUUAGAGGUCAUGUCCGUGGCCAUAGGGCGGUUGAGGUUGGCGUGUUCUCGUGCGAGGUGUGUCAAAUGCGCUUCCCAGACAAAAGGCAUUUAUUUUUUCAUAAGAAAACUCAUUUAAAGGAAAGAUUUGAGUGUCUUACAUGCCAUCAGAAAUUUGCAACAAAAGGUGAACUCUUCAAGCAUCGAAUCAUUCAUACCAAGAACGUGAUAACGAAGCAAUUUAUGGACAAAGUUACCGAGGACGAGAAGGGCGUAUUCUCCUGUUCAAUUUGUGGCAAAACUCACACGGAACGGAAACAUGCCUUCAGCCACUUCCGCACACACGUGACCGAAAAAUACAUGUGUCAAAUCUGUGAAAAGCGAUGCGGAUCCAAGAGAGAUCUCACACUACACAUCGAAAGUCAACACGAAAAACUGCGUUUCAGGUGUAGCACGUGCAAAGAGAGAUUCGAGACCAGAACAGUCCUGUUUGAACACAAACAGGAGCACAAAUCAGAUUCGAAAAAGAUUCGGCGAUUUGACGACCGCUAUCACUGUACGCGGUGUGACAAAACGUAUUCGAGGCGGGAAAAUGCUUUAAACCACUUUAAAUCGCACGGUUCUUCGGAAGAAGAUGAGGCGCAGUCCAAAGAUUCCCAAAAAGAUGGUGAGUCUAACUUAGAGCCAAAGAUGCAGAAAAACGACGAACCUGAAGGAGAUGAGUAAUCCAAAGACUGUGUCCUCAAAAUUGAAGACAAAAAUUUUGAAACUCUUUAAAAAAGGUUAGUUCAUAAAACCGUAACCGGGAUUCAUAAUUUGCAAAGCAAAUGUAGAGAUAGUUUUUUUUUGAAUAAGAAUAAUAAAAUAUAUGAUUUGAUUCGA